AUGGAUAAUAUUUCAUAUAAUUUCAAAUCUAUUUUAUCCUAAGAAAUUACUAGUUCUUUACAUGCUGUAUUCUGACAUAUUUUGCCCGAAAAUAGAAUCACGCCGGAAAAUGCUGUUGGGCUUGCAAUACAAUAUUUGUUUUAGCUUGCACUAAUAGCUAAUUCUUUAGAACUUUGGCGGGUUUUUAGAGAAACAACGGAGGGGCAAGGUGCCAACAUCGGCAAGAAUGGGUUGAGCUUCAUACUUGGCUUUUGCCAUAUGGGGUGAUUAACCCCGCAGUGUUAACAGAGUCCAGGAGUUUUAAUGUUCAGAUGACUUGGCUUGUGAUACUGGGGAGGUUUUACGCUAGUCUUGGAAGGUGUAGAGGAACGGAUAUAGAUGUGUCAUGCUUCUCAUCCAUCCAGCAGCAUGUAUAUCAGCAGUAAUCUUAAUCAUUCUCAGCAUCAUACAGCUGACCUUCGGCUCCCUCGGUGACGGCACUCGAGUCUUCCAGAAAUGUUUACAAAACUGUUAUCUGGCCUCGUGUCGCGUGUCGGAUGCAGCAUGGGCAGAGCAGUUACCGUGGUACAUGAGGCUGCUGAACUGGACGUGCCCAGACGAGUGCAGCUACUUUUGCAUGUGGAGAGCAGUAGAGGCCUUUCAGAAAGAUGGCUCCCCUGUGCCACAGUUUUAUGGCAAGUGGCCUUUUAUCCGGUUGUUUGGGCUGCAGGAGCCAGCAUCUGUGAUAUUCUCCAUACUGAAUGCUCUGGCUCACCUGAACUUGUUCAAGUUUAGAAGAGAAGUGUCGUCCGCCUCCCCCAUGUUUUAUGCAUGGCAUCUGUAUGCAUUGGUGUCAGUUUGGACCUGGUUAUGUUCAGCCAUGUUUCAUGCCAGGGAUUGGCCCAUUACAGAGAAACUAGACUAUUUUAGUGCUGCUUUACUGGUGCUGACACAAUUUUAUUUACUUCUUCUCAGGGUUAUUGGUACCGAAAAGAAGUUAAAGGUUAUAGUCACAGCCCUGCCUUUACUUCUCUUCUAUACAUAUCAUGUCCAUUACCUGACAUACAGACGCUUUGACUAUGGCUACAACAUGAAGGUUAAUAUUACCAUAGUUGCAGCCAAUGCUAUAGGUUGGGUCCUUUGGUGUAUUUCCCAUAGAAAACAGCAGCCAUAUGUUUGGAAGUGUCUCGUACCUGUGGUCACGACAGGGGUGCUGGCGGCCCUGGAGUUGGGAGAUUUUCCUCCAAUAUGGUGGACCUUUGAUGCCCAUUCCCUCUGGCAUGCUGGGACGCCUCCCCUUAUUGUGCUGUUUUAUAGGUUUGCAAUAGACGACUGCAAGUAUUUGGAGGGACAGAAGCAGAGAGAAGCAGCAGUGGAUGCAAAGAAAGAAACACCUCUAACAGAAAAGAAAGAGCAGUAAAAGUCCUGUUGGGUGGAGCCUAUAGUGCUGCAACAGUAAGAUGUGAAAAAUACCAUUUCAGCAACGACCCACAGCUGAGUGAUGCUUAGAGAUAAGUAGGACUGUGAAACACAUGCCAAUACUAUGAGAGAUGAGGUAGCACUAGCAUUUUUUUUCAACUAGCCAAAUUGCUUUUUUCAUCACUUGUUUCUUCAUGUAGUUUAAAUUUCAGUACAACAGGUUAUAUCAACCCUGCUUUGUGAAGCCAGUUUAAGUCAGUUUUAGCAUUUGGCAAUUUUGUUGAGUGUUAGUGGUACCCUACGAGAGGGUUCAAGAGCAAUAAUACUAAUAGAGGUUGUCACUGACAUGGUACAUUUAAUUCAUUUUUAUUAACUGAAGCCAUUAUUGCUGUGAUAACCAUGCAUUAAGAACAAGAUUUAUCCCUGGCAAAGCUGUGUAUUUAUGUCUUAUGGUGCAUGCUAAGUUAUGUCAAAUAGAAUGUGAGAUGUUAUGUCAUUGUAUUGCAGUGACGUGAUGUCUCUCACACACCAGGCAUGAUAAAUAUUUAGAGUCACAGUGCAGAGACGUGAGGAUUAAAAGGGCACAUGUGCACAAACUGUGAUAAAACCAUCGCCACAAUCAAAAAAUUAUAGGUCAAACUGUUUUAUAGCAACAGAGCUUAGGCAGAGAAACAACAAUGUCUUAUAUGAAAGUGCAAAUUUCUUUAAUGAUGCAGUUAAGGAGUGAAUUUCAAUUUACACGACAUAAACAAUAGCACCUAGAAAUCAAAACAACUCAAUGUAAAUUUCUUUAAAAUCCAAAAGGUAGUGUUGUAACACCGCCCAGUUGAAUUUGUCUCUUAGUGUAUUGAAAUCUAUAAGUCUUUUUUUCUUUUGUGGAAUGGAGAGUUUUUGUUUGAGGAUUUCUCUUGAUUGUAAUAGAAGUUACAACAACGUUUCUCGUCCCUUUGCUGUGCACCAUGUUCAACAUGGUUUCAUAGUUGACAGUUUGAGCUGAUGUAUAGUUCAAACUAAUGUCUUUUACCUCACAAACAUUCUUUCCAUUUUUAGUAAUGUAAGCAUGAUUUUUUUGCUUCAACACAAGAACGGGGCUAUGUAAUCAUUCUGGUUUAGUUCAUCGGUAAAGUCGCUCAAAUACGACCCUCUUAUGGAGUAUAAAUACCUUUCAGUUUCGGGUUUUCCAUCAACGAGAAAAGUGAUGGAAUCUGUAUCAAAGUACAGCACUUUUUCGUUUACAAAUUCCAACGCCUUAUACAAGACCAGACGUGCAUGGGCAGUUGAGUGUGCUGCCAUGAUUAGUAUUGCAGGUUCUAAUGUAUCCCUUCUUUUUGAGCAUAUUGGUGGAAGUAACUUUGUUUUUUUAUUUUUUUAUUUUAUUAUUUUUUUCCUCAGGUGUCUCACAACCUGCAGGGUAUAUGCUGGCCCCUUGUUUUAGUUUGAGAAAAGUGUCCAUGUACUCAGCAAAAAGAGCACCCUCUUGGCUUUUGGGAUUGCCAUACUUCGUGGAAACAAACUAUGGUGUGCCCUAUUGAGACCACCUUCAUUUUUAAUUUAACAGAAACCCCUGUGCUUGUUAAGCUACAUUCUGUACUAGUAUGGCAACCUGUUCUUUGUUUACAGUUAGUAGCACACGCUCUACACAGAGUGAACACGCCAUAAUAAGCUUCUUGGGGUCAAUUCUGUCUUGCACCUCUUAAUAUUUUCUUGCUUUUCUGAGGUUUUGUGCUUCUUUACAUACCCACCUUGUGGAAUUAUAACGGUUGUAGCCGACUUUAGAAAAAGGACUCAAUUUACCAAAUCACAGGCACUUACUAUUGUGAUAGCUGAAUGAAAAUUCUCAAUUUUUUGUCCUUUUUGUCCCGUAAUAUCUACAAAAUUGUCUAAAUUUUUGUUCUUGAUCUCCAUAUCUUUCACAGAUGCUUUCGGAGGUUACCUCGUAAUCUAAACAGUAAAGACAUACCCUUUGUGCCACAACUAAAUUAGCUUCAUGCAAACUAUUGUUAAUCUGCAUAGCUUCAAAGUCAAAGAAAAUAUGUGGCCGUCUUGUACUGUAAUUAAGAUUUUUCUUUUUUCUUCUUUAUGUGUAGAGGUUGAUGGUUGUUGAUGGUUCUUCUUCAGAUAUAGAAGACGUGUGCUCGGACUUGUCAUUUUCACAAAUGUUUUGGAAAAUUUUCUGUUUCUUUAAGGGUUGCAUGUAGCACAGAUAACCUUUUUGCACCUGUGUUUUGCAAAUCUGACAUUUGUAUGAAAAACAAAUGUGCAUCUUUUUGUUUUGUCUGUUGACAAAUUUGUGGCAUGCUUCACAAGUAAAUAAUAACUUUUUUUCUUGAGAUGCCCUUUUGCCUUUGUUGCGAGGUGAUUGUGAUAACACGAAGCAGAGACAAAAAAUCUGUUGCACAAUCUGCAUAGUGUCCAAUUUUUGAAUUCAACAUAUUUCCUGCUGAGUUUGUUGAAUGCAUCAUCAUAAAAAAGCAUUACUGGCAGAUGUAUAGGUCAACACCAUUCGAAAAUUGUGGAACCCAUCAGUGUUCCCAUUUACCGCAUAUCUAUCAUCGAAGUUCACAUCUUGUCGCCUACUCCCAGUAAUUACCUCUUCAAUUCAGGGAAUCUCUUUUGAACUUUUCCCAUUCAUCCACUGACAUGGGUAUCUUGCUUUUAGAAGUGGAAUCACUAAAGACCACCAAAUUGCUGCAUUGUAGGUUUUUUGCAAAUGGUUAUAAGUUUGCCUCCUUGUAACUUUAUAAAAGUUGCUAUUUUUUUAGAUUUCACAGUAUUCAGCAGUGAGUGAAGCUCUUUCAAGUAACACGACCUUAAAUUCUCUCCUCUUAGUGCACCAAACAUCAAUCACUACCCUAAGACUGUAUGCUAAGACAAUGGGAUCAACCAAUUGAUCUGUAGCAUAAUGCAUGACCAUGCAAAAAAACGCACUGAAUCAAAAGAUUUACAAUGAAAAACAGACUGAUAAGUAUCUUUUCUACAUGUGACAUUACAAUUCAGUCACCGUAAACUGCAUUGUAUGUUGAUUGGAGUUUCGAUUCUACAGCUUGAGGGGUCGAUGCCUCCUCUUCCGUGAUCUCUCCGAAAAACCUCUCUUUACAUUUUCCAACACGUAAGAUGACGGCCAUGACGUACAGGUCGUAUUCCUCUUUCAUUUGGGCCUGGUAGUGGUCGUAAGCUUUUAGGAUGUUGCCUGCUGUGACGAGUUCCAACGCUUGGUCGAACAAGCUAAGGGCAGACACUGCAAAGACAGGCUCCAUGCAAGCAUGUUGCUUUUGGCUGCCAUGACCUAUGGCGCUGCCCUCGCACUGCUCAACGGUCAGCUCUCGAAUUUAGGAUUAUAGUGCCCUAACACUCUACACAACAGUCCUUGUUUGUUUUCUUUUAUCAAAACACACACUCCACCAUUCACACAUACACUAUAACCUUUGCUACUACAUCAACAGCACUUUGUCGCAUUCCACUCUACAAUGGUCAUGGGCUAUUUAUAUCCCUCAGGUUUAGUGCAGAUCCACCAGGGUCCAGUACCGUGGCUAUAAAACAGUUUGAUCUAUAAUUUUUUAGACAUGCUAUGGUUUCCUCAUAGUUUGCACCAAAGUUUGCACUCAAGUGCCUCUUUACUAUUGACAUGUAUUUUGUAACACUGAAUCAUCAUUGGAUGUAAAAUGCUUUGUGUAAUAAUAAGAUAUAUAAUCAUGACUAGCUACCAUAUAUUGCACUUGAAUGGUUUUGCAAGUUAAGUAUUAUUUGACUAUAUGAAAUAUGUCCUUGACUAAUCUCGUAAAUAAUUUAGUUCUGCAGUUUGAACUGUGCCAUGACUUUUAUGCCAUGUAGUGUCUUCGGCAUUGGUAGCAACAGGGUAAUUUUAGCCAUUCUUUUUGGUCAACAACAGAAAAUGCACCUGCUUUAGCAGUGGUAAAAAUCGAAGACAUAUUCCUUCAUGAUCUAAUGAAUCUGUGUAAGUUGCUUUGAAAAUUAUUUUGUUUGUUUUGUUUGUAGGACUUCUAGUGAUUGCUUUUGACCCUGACCUGUAUCUUGGUCUGUAUGAUAUUCUGCAUUUACCGUUUCCAUUUCAAACAUUGAAAUAGUAUUGCAUAUGGAUGCCCCAAUCACUAUGACUUUCUCCUCCUCUCCAGAGUCAUUCAGUCUAACCCCCUAUUUUUAGUUAAUCUCUAUGAAUGACUCUUCUUUUUCUGAGUCAGUCACUAGACUCGCUAUGAUUGACCCCUCUUCUGAGUCAAUCACUAUGAAUGACUUCUUUUCCAUUGUUAUACAACGAGCAAAACCAAACCUAUUCAUACGUACCAUUGCGGACAGCGUCUUAUUGUAAGGAGAGAUUGUAUUAUUCUUUUUAAAACAAACGGGUUGGUGCCAAGUCUGUUCAAUUUAUAGUCUUUUCUUUUAAGGAAAUAAUUGACCUUUAGGUAAACACAAUAUGGCCUGUGUGUACAAGUGAGACUUCUUCAUUCCAAGAAGUUGUGAAAUAUCUAUUAUAUGUCUCAAUAAAACAAGAGUCCAUUAUGUGACACUGAUAAAAUUAAACAAAAUGCUAAAACUUGCCCGCCUAUAUUGUAAAUUUAAAAUUCUGCUCUUCCAUUGGAAGGUGUGCAAUAUCUGUACCUGUCAGCUGACCGAGAGAGGCAUCUUUUUUCUUGCCUAGAGCUGCGUAGAUUUCUUGGAAGAGCUGUAAGAACGCUAACCAAUCAGCAUAUGUCAUCACAAUGACCGUGGCAAUGGGGGCGCCCUGUUCAUAACUGAUCUUUAUGGGACAUCUUGGACCAUCUAACGACAAUGUGUAACCAUUGCAAAAGGGGACUGCUAAAACUUGCUCCUUCAACAAGCACUAGUGGGCUGGAUUUGGUCUUAAAGUGCAAUUU